AACCCCACACCGCACACAAACAUCGUCAAACCAGAAAGAUCGAGGUGUUGUUUUUUUCCUGUAAUGGCCCGUUGUCUCUUGCACAACUAAAAAGACGGAAAAUAUAGUUAGCAAAUCAUUCGAUUCGUUGCAACUCGGAAGUAAUUUUCGGUUUUGAGUUUUCGCUAUCUCGAUGCGGCAGCGAUUGAUUUACAUGUGCGUGGGCGUUGUGUUGUUUUGAUUGUUUCAGCAAACUGGGACUACAACAGUGAAAAGAAUAAAUUUGGGCCGUAUAGAAAAUUACUUAAGCAAGCAAAAAUAUCCGUAACAGAUUGUGCUGCGUGCAACCUUCGAAAAGUGGAAAUUGUUCGUAACAGCGGGUGAAAGGAAAUUUCUCCGAUUUGGACCCGGAGUACGUGUGCUGAGUACCGCAAAGUGAAAGGUUUUACACUUGGAAAAACUGGGAACAAAGGAAAACGAUCCGAUCCGUGUCCCAAAACAAACAGGACCAAGGCCUAAAAUUAGAUCAUCAAUCUAAUUCGCAUGAUUGUGUGGUAGUCGUCAAUUUGCAUCCCGUAAAAAAUAAUAAUCUUGUUUUAAGAAUAAAUUACGCCGUUCAUUGGACCAGUUUGGCCUGAAUCCUCUUUCCGAUCGAAUAGCUAGAGCAAGUGUGUUUCGGGGAUCACCAACUGUAUCUCUCUACUGGGAGGGGAUCGGGAUCCGAUUAGCUGGAGCCUUCGAAACCGCUAACCGGAAUACUUAGUAAUUGCAUCAUCUCCGCAUCCGUAACAAUAGACAACCGAAUAUUUGCGACGAGGCAAGAUGGAUGAUGUUACGUUGAUCGUGAAGGCCUCAAAUCAGCAAUUUGCUGAUCAAACCGUCCACUGCGCACCUUCGUGGACGAUACGACGCCUCAAAGGGCAUCUAACCCAGGUGCAUCCUGGAAAACCGGGCACCGACGAGCAGAAACUCAUCUACUCCGGUCAGCUGCUUGGCGACAGCGUCGUACUCAAAGACGUGCUGCGGAACUACGAUGGCCAAACUGCACACACGCUGCAUCUAGUUUUUCAGCCAAAAAACUUUCCCCCCACCAGAACGAAAGAUUCCGGCUCCAGCUCAUCGAGCAAGAAAACAACGACAACGAUGGCACCCAAGUCUACAAAUGCCGAAACCUCGACGGCAGCAGCAGCCGGAACUUCGCAGCGAGCCACAACAGUCACAACUCCAACUCAGAAUAUCUCACCAGUUUCCACAACUGAUGGACUACGGCAUCGGCAUCACCCGGCAGCUACAUCUGCUGCUGCUGCUGCGGUUCCUUUCCUCGGAAAUCCCGGCGUGCCUCCCGGUGCUAGUACAAUUCCCUUCCCGGCUGGCGGAAUUCCACCGGCGUCGGCCGACUUUAUCAUGAGCCAGCAGCUAGUUUUUCAGAGCUGGAUGCAGCAGGCCUACAUGCAGUAUCUCAACCAGUACAUGAAUGUGAUAUCGAAUGGUCAAAAUCCACAGACGGUCUUUCCAAAUGGCGCACCAACGAACGUAAACAUGCCGACUGCAAGCGGCCCUCAACCUCCAACCGCCUCAACGGUUCCGGCCAGUGCAAACCCGAUGACGAUUCCUAGUCUACCGCCGAACCUGGCGUACUAUCCCUACAUGUCGACGAUGAAUUCGUCCCCGAAUCUACCAACGGCCAGCAGCAUUCCAGCACCCAUCACAACAGCGGCAUCCUCGGCUUCAGCUGCCUUGCCUAGUCAACCAUCAACACUUCCGGGCCCCUCGACAGCAGGUGCGGACUCAUCGAUCUCGGCUGCCGCACCUGGUCCUUCAACUGGUACAAUCGGCCCCAGGGCACCACAGACGCCUAAUGGAGCGGCGACUAACGCCGUCGACCAUCCCGCAGCAGAAGUUGCUGGAGCCAAUGAUGCUGCUGUCGCUGCUGCUGGACCGGCAGCUGCAGCUGCUCCAGCUCGACGAUUCCCUAACAUCGUUGUCGAGGAGCAGGAAAAUCGCGAUUGGCUAGAUAUUUUCUUCAGCUUGUGCCGGGUGGCCAUUCUUAUGACAGUCGUCUAUCUAUACUCUUCGCCGACUCGAUGCAUAACGGUUCUCUUCAUCGGAAUCAGUCUUUAUCUAUAUCAAAUGGGCUUUUUCCGUAACAACAAUGCCGAUCGGUUGGAACGUGCUCGGAGGAUCGUCGUUCAACAAAUUAACAAUGCCCAUGGAGUGCGACCAAAUGUCGCUCCCCGGCCUCGUGCUCGUGAUGAAGCAGCGGCUCCUGAUGCUGCAGAAAAUGAACCUUCGGCGGGGGCCAGUACCGCCAACUCGUCCGAUACAACCGAUUCGACGAAACCGGAAUCGAAUGAGUCUGCGGACCAGAAUGGUGCCACCAAAGAACCGUCUGAAUCGGAACAAUCAGCAUCCUCAAAUGGAGCUGGGCAAAACGAGGAAAACCUUCCGGACCAACCGCUUCUGAACUCGUCACUGCCGGAAGCCAACCGGAUAAAUCUGAACGACGCAGCAGCCUUCCUAAGGACGUUGGUACUGUCGUUCUUCACCUCGAUCAUACCGGAUACGCCCGCUGCGUAAAGACCAUGAACCAGCUAGUAAUUGUGAAAAGAACGAGACACGAAAAUCUAACGACAAAGUUUAUUAGGAAGAAAUUGAGCGAAUCUAUCAAACUGUGAAUAGCAAAGAAAAACUAUUGUGUUUGGUUUUGAUCGAUUAACAAAUCGAUAACCAAGCGCUGAUAUUGAAUUGUUUGUAGUCAUUUCGAAUCAGCUUUCAUAUUGUUGCAGUGUCAAUCGUUGGUCAAAAAAAGUCUAUUUGCACUUAAAACAUCGUAAAUCAUUGAACUUUUAAAAAAAUAAAUGGUUCAUAGCUCUUCAAAUAGGAAUGCACUUUGGCAAUGCUACAACAUUUGUUGGAAUAGUAACGAUCAGCGAACAUGUUGCAAUCUAGUGUAUUCUUUGUAUAUAUGUAAAUUUUUUUUAGUUGAUAUCAUUUCUUUCGUUAAAUUUGGUUACUUAUUUGACUUCCUACUAUACCUCCUAUAUUAUUGUUGCAUUUCCUUUAUAUGUUUAGUGUAAAAAAGCGGUAUCAUUUGUCUUCGAAGAUAUAAUACAUUCAAAACGUCAUCAAAGUUUGUAUUAACGGUAAAAUAUACCACAAACCCGAUAAUUUGGUAAACAUUUCUUGCAAAAAAAAACAGUAGAAGAAGAGCAAGGACGACAAAAAUUGUCUUAUACCUAACACAUGAAACUCAUACACUGCACUGGAUACUGAGAAAAAAUAAGAUUUUAUACAAACUUAACAAAGUAGUAAAACCAAACACAUGUAUGAUGGAUUGGACUUUUCGAGCCAUUCGAGCCAAUCAAAAGGAACAAGCUACAGUUGUAAACAAACACGUCGAAAAAAAUUAGUGCCCCACGUCAUCACAUUUUUAAUUUUUCUUUGUACAAUAUAUUAUUACUAGCUUAGUGUAUAACUGUAAAAUAUUUGUGGUUCAACAAAAACAAUGUUAUCAAUUUACGUAAUACAAAGUGGACGAAUAAAGUUUAUUUAUGUUUAUUCAAAUAAAA